AUGGGCUGGCUAAACGAUCUUUUCCAUCGAGCCCCCCAAACCCCCGAAGCGAAAAAGGAGGAGAAAGCGAGAAAGCGCCGGAGUAAGCAGCACAGCCAGAAAGUCCGCCAACGGGAGAAAGAGCUGAACCGUCGACCUGGAGAAAAGAAGUUCUUCUGGGGCUCCGUGGCUGUUGAUACAACACAGAACGCGAUUCGCAAGGAGACACGGAGCCCAUGA